AUGAAGUACAACACUGUCCCAAUGGCAGCCCUUGCUGGCGUUGCUGCUGCUCAAGCCAACUAUGGUGCACCGACAACCACCUAUGCCUGCAACCCGGCUCACAGUUACCCCAAUGGCGCUCAGUGCAUUUCAACUGCCGGUUCCUUGACUCUGGUCACUCCUACCACCACCGCCGCCGCUACUACCUAUGCCUGCAACCCAGCUCACAGCUACCCAGGCGGAGCCAGCUGCAUCUCCACUGCGGGCUCCUUGACUCUCGUCACUCCCACCACUCCUGCUGCAUACACCACCUACGCCUGCAACCCGGCUCACAGCUACCCCAACGGCGCUAAGUGCAUUUCGACCGCUGGCUCGUUGACCCUCGUCACUCCUACCUCCACCACCAGCUGCAGCACUACUGCCGUCCCUACUACCGUCACUUAUGCCUGCAACCCGGCCCACAGCUACCCUGGCGGAGCCAGCUGCAUCUCUACCGCGGGCUCGUUGACCCUCGUCACUCCUACCUCCACCACCAGCUGCAGCACUACUGCCGUCCCUACUACCGUCACUUAUGCCUGCAACCCGGCCCACAGCUACCCUGGCGGAGCCAGCUGCAUCUCUACCGCGGGCUCGUUGACCCUCGUCACUCCUACCUCCACCACCAGCUGCAGCACCACCGCCAGCACCUCUGCGCCGGUCCACUACACCCCCAUUCCCCUUCCCUCCUCAUGGACCAGGGUGCCCGGUGGCUACUCCUCCGCUUCCGUCUCUCACCACCACUCGGCUUCCCGAUCUGCUUCUCGCCACCCCUCGGCUUCCGCAUCCGCUUCUCACCACCGUUCGUCUUCCGCCUCCGGCUCCGGCUCCGUCCCGACCGGCUCCUCCUCCACCACCAAGACCUCUUCCGGCGGCGUUCCCACCACCACUUCAGCUGGUACCACUCCUACCGUCCAGCCAUCCCGCGGCGAUGCUAGCAAGAUUGUUGCCGGCCCCCUCAUGGCCGUCGCUCUUGCAGGUCUUGCCCUUUUCUAG